GCAGGAAGCUGGAGUUCGCCUUUGCAGUUGCCGGUUGACUCGAGACGGAAACACUUGAGUAUAUACCUAUAUAACCCCCUCUUUUUAUUCCGAUUGAGGCAUCAAAGGCCCCUACACAACAAUGUACAGAAUACCUACCUAAGUAUCCUCGAUCACCGCUCGUUCCCUCUCUUCUGCGGCUUUGAUCGGCACGAAGACACAUCGGAGCUGGCCCGUGACAAUAACUCCGGAGGAGCUUCCUCUCCAACACAACACACAACACCUUUCUUCUCUUCUUUUCCCGAGCUUACAUCCAAAAUCAGUCCACUCUCACGGCUUCCCCGUUGCCAUAAUUUCGCCAUCAAACCUUCAAUCCCAAUUCUUAUCCCGACCGCCAACUCUAGCCAUCUCAUCCCACAUUCUCCCAGACAAUCACCAUGUCCUCCUCCGCUCCCUCCCGCCUCCGCAGCCUCCUCAACCACCUCCUCCCCCCAUCACCCCCCAGCCCACACGAACAGGAACAACAACAAGGCCAAUCACGGGACCAACAACAACAAUCACCACAACCACCACCGCAACCAACCCCCCCUCACCUCUCGCACCUCUCCCCAACCUUCUUCCUCGAGCGCGCCGCCGCCAUCGAGCCGCGCGCCGAGGCCGUCUACCACGUGACGGCCAACGGCGCCGUGCUGCGCCGCUCCUACCGCGAGCUGGCCGACCGCGCCCGCGGCCUCGCCUACUACCUGCGCAAGCGCGGCCUGCGCCGCGUCGGCAUCCUGGCGCCCAACACGCCGGCGUUUUUGGAGACGGUGUAUGGGGUGGUGGCGGCGGGGGCCGUGCUGGUGCCGGUGAAUUAUCGGUUGAAGGAGGUGGAUGUGAGGUAUAUCUUGGAGUUUGCCGAGGUGGAUUGUGUGGUGGUGGAUGGGGAGUUUGAGGGGUUGUUGGGGGGUUUUCGGAGGGCGAGGCCGGGGGUGGAGGUGGUUGUGGAUUUGGACACCGAUGCUACCGAGGGUGAGUUGUGCGGGCCGUUCGAUGAGGCCGUGCUUGAGGGGUUGCUCUACGACCAGGAGACGGGGAGUAAGGGGUGGGCGGAUCUGGUGUCGCAGACGGUCGCCAACGAGGAUGAUAUGAUUGCGAUUCCGUUCACGUCCGGGACGACAUCCAAGCCGAAAGGCGUGGUGUACACCCAUCGGGGUGCUUAUCUCGCUUCGCUGGCAAAUAUCGUCGAGUCCGGGCUCAACGUCCCGGACGGGAGGUGUAAAUACCUCUGGACCCUGCCUAUGUUCCACGCGGUCGGCUGGACAUUCCCCUGGUCCGUCUGCGCUGUCCGCGGCACACAUGUCUGCCUACGCAAGAUCGACUACCCCCUGAUCUGGAAACUCCUCAAAGAAGAAGGCAUCACGCACUUCAACGCCGCACCGACCGUCAACACCCUGCUCUGCGCCCACGCCGACGCCGAGGUUCUCCCCCGCCCGGUUCGGGUGACGGUAGCCGCCAGCCCGCCGACAGCACACCUCUUCGAACAAAUGACCAACCUCAACCUGCUCCCGGUCCACGUCUACGGCCUGACGGAAACCUACGGUCCCAUCACGCGCGGAUACAUGCUGCCCGAGUGGGACCAACUCCCCAAAAACGAGAAAUACGGCAACAUGGCGCGACAAGGGCACGGCUUCCUGACUGCCCUCCCGGCGCGCAUCAUCAAACCCGACCAGCCCGAGGGCGUGCUGGUGGACGUGGCCAAGAACGGGAAGGAAAUCGGCGAGAUCGUGUUCUCCGGGAACAUCUGCUGCAAGGGCUACUACAAGGACGCCGAGGCGACGCGGAAGCUGUUCGCGGGCGGCGUGCUGCACUCGGGCGACCUUGCGGUCUGGCACCCCGACGGGAGCAUCCAGAUCCAGGACCGGGCGAAGGACAUUAUCAUCUCAGGCGGCGAAAACAUCUCAUCCGUCGCGCUCGAGUCCAUGCUCGUCGAGCACCCGGCGAUCCUGGAAGCGGGCGUGGUGGCGGUGCCCGACUCGCACUGGGGCGAGCGGCCGAAGGCCUACAUCACGGUGAAGGUGAAGGGGAAGGGGGGCGGCGGCGGCGGCGGCGCCCAGACCGACCUGCGCGGGGCCGAGGUCAUUGAGUGGGCGCGCACCCACAGCGCCAUCAGCAAGUUCAUGGUGCCGCGCGAGGUCGAGAUCGUGCGCGAGCUGCCCAAGACGAGCACGGGUAAGAUCAAGAAGAAUGAGCUGAGGGAGUGGGCGAAGAAGGGCACGCCGAGGGAGGCUUUGGUGGGGUGAUGGUGUGGUGGUGGUGGUGGAGUUUGGACGCGAGAAUAUUGAUAUCCACAGACGCUUGGGUCGGCGCUUUCCGCAUCAUAUAGCUGGUUGGAUAUUAUGCACUUGUGAUGAUGGCCAUGGCC